UGAAAACAGCAUCUGUGUGCACAGAAGGGCAGGGUUCAGUUUGUGCUGUGCUCUGUAAAAAUCAGGACAGGUUGACUCCUCACUGCACUGUGAAAACCAUUAGGAAAAAGUUCCUUGGGGUUAAAACCUGGGGCUCCACAGUGUUGGGGCUAGAAAUUAAUUUAAAUGGCGACUGAUCUGUCUGAAGCUGAACCCGUGCAUCAUAAGGCGCUUCCACUCUUAACGGGAGCUCAGCUGAUCCACACGGACAAGUUAAGUGAGAAAGUCGAAGACGACACGAUGCCAAUCCGCCGCUCCGUGAACUCCACUUCCCGGGAAACUCCUCCCAAGAGCAAACCUGCCGAGGGGGAAGAGGUCAAAGCAGAUGCAGAAGUCACCUCUGAGGAAUCUGCCUCUGUUGGAGAGGAACAAGAGACUGAAACCCUGCCUGCUGCAUCCAAUGAAGCAGAACAGCCAAAGGAACCUGAGAAUGAAGGGAAGGGGGAAACAAAGUCCUCAGAAGAAACCAAAAAGGACGAGAAGGAUCAGUCCAAGGAGAAGGAGAAGAAGGUGAAGAAGACCAUCCCUGCGUGGGCCACGCUCUCUGCCAGCCAGCUCGCCCGGGCACAGAAGCAGACCCAGAUGGCAGCCACCUCCCGGCCCAAAAUGGAUGCCAUUUUAACCGAGGCCAUCAGGGCCUGCUUUCAGAAGAGUGGUGCCUCGGUCGUUGCAAUAAGGAAAUACAUCAUCCACAAAUACCCUUCCCUGGAGCUGGAGAGGAGAGGGUACCUCCUGAAGCAAGCACUGAAAAGGGAGCUGGAGAGGGGGAUCAUUAGGCAGGUGAAAGGAAAGGGAGCUUCUGGGAGCUUUGUGGUGGUGUCUAAUGCAGGAAAAACUGUUCCAAAAGCCAGAGACAGAAAGAAAAGCACCUCCGCCCCGACUGCAGAGCAGCAGGUGAAGCUGGAGGACGUCCUGCCCCUGGCCUUCACCCGCCUGUGCGAGCCCAAGGAAGCUUCUUACAGCCUGAUCAAGAAAUACGUGUCUCAGUAUUACCCCAAACUCAAAGUAGAUGUAAGGCCCCAGCUGUUGAAGAAUGCCCUGCAGAGAGCUGUAGAGAAGGGCCAGUUAGAGCAGAUCACAGGGAAAGGAGCGUCUGGGACAUUCCAGCUGAAGAAAUCAGGGGAGAAGCCCCUGCUGGGUGGGACUCUGAUGGAAGACGCCAUCCUGUCUGCUAUUGUGGCCAUGAACGAACCGAAGACCUGCUCCACCACAGCGCUGAAGAAGUAUAUCCUGGAAAAUUACCCAGGGACCAACUCCAACUUCCAGGUGCAUCUACUGAAGAGAACCCUGCAGAAAUGUGAGAAGAAUGGCUGGAUGGAGCAAAUUUCUGGCAAGGGCUUCAGUGGAACCUUUCAGCUUUGCUUCCCUUAUUAUCCCAGCCCAGAUGUGCUCUACCCAGAGAAGCAGCAGGAUGAGGACUCCGAGGAAUCUGAUGAGGAAGAAGAGGAGGAAUCUGAGGAGGAAGAAGAAUCUGAAGAGGAAGAGUCUGAGGAGGAAGAGCCCCCACCAAAGAAGAGGAUGCAGAAGAGGCCACCUCCCAAAUCCCGGAGCAGGGCCCCUCCAAUGAAGCGAAGAGAGUCCAAACCCAAGCCAAGGAAAACCCCCGCAGCCCGCCGGGGGAAAGCGAAGCCCCCUCCCAAGGUUAAAACCCCUGCUAAGAAAGCCAAACCAGCAGCCCCAGCCAUCAAGAAACCCUCUGGUGGCAGCUCUUCCAAGAAACCAGCAGCCAGCGGGAGGAAGGAAGUGAAACCCUCUGCUAAGGGCAAAUCCACCAUGAGGAAAUCUCUCCGGGCAAAAAAGUAAAAUGUUUCCAGUGUCAGGGAACCCCAUGGUCAAAUCCACAAUCUUGUUUUAUAAGUCAACGUGCAUUUGUAUUUUAGUUCUGAUGCUUAAACACUUCUUUAAUUUUUUUUUUAUUUUUGUUUUCUUGAAUGAUGGGGGAAAAGCUGAAAACUAAAUCAAACCGCCCCGAGGGUUCGGUAGAUCUCGAUGCUGUGCCUCGUGCCUGCCCCUCCCCUGGAACGAGUCAUCUUUAGUUUCUGCAAUAAUUUUAGGACUUUUCUAGGACGUCUCUAAUCUGUACAUUUACGGUGUUCCGCGUGGGUUCCGGGGGGAGGGUUGGCUUUUAAAACAAUUCUUCAAAGAAGAUCUUUAUAUCUUUAGACAGCAGGAACAGGAUGACUGGGGGAAUGUGAUUCUUUAAUGAGAAGGUGCCGCGGCAGAAGAGUCCUCCCUAGAUCCCUGCGUGCCGAGGGCCUUGGCGCUUCCGUGGGGGAGCCGUGUACAUACAGCACUUGCACUGAGCCCCGAGGUGCUGCUUCCCUCAGAGCCACGGGCUGAGGGGGUGGCACAUCCAGCUCCUCCCGACCAGCCAGGGCUGUGUGACGAGGGUGAGUCACAUCUUCAGCCUCUCCUGAGGGUCUGGUGCCAGAGGGGCUCCAAAAGGGGCAGUUCUCGAUCAGGCGGGUGAUUUGAAUUAGUGUUUCCACACCACAUCUGUUACCUUGAAACCAAAAUAUAUCAAAGUCUUCUUGAAUCCAACUUUCAGAUGUUUUUAAGAGAUGAAAAAGCCUGAGUUUGUCCCCUCUUGUUUACCCUUUUUUAAAGAGAAGUUGGAGAGCUAUACAAUUGCUAAUGUAGAGAUGUUGAUAAGUGACAAACAUGCGGUUUGCUAAAAUAAAAUGAAACUAGAUUCCA